GCUCGCUUCUGCCCUCAACAAUCGACCAGACUUCACCAUGAACUUCCUGCUGUGCAGUGCCCUACUAAGUGGCCUGGUUGCCAGCGCCUUUGGCGGUUUCAUCGGAGGCGGCGGCGGUGGCCUGGGCGGUGGCCUGGGCGGUGGCCUGGGCGGUGGUCUUGGCGGUGGAUACGUCGGUGGAGGCGGGUACGGAGGCUACGGUGGGGGCUACGGCGGAGGCCUUGGAGGCGGCGUCGGCUUCGGAGGCCUCGGUGUCGGAGGCCUCGGAGGAGGUGGUGGCAACGUCGGUGUCGGAAGCAGCGUAGUACUGCUGAACGGCGGCAGAGCGGGCGCCGGCAAGUCCGUGGCCGGACCGGCCUUCUUGGUCCGCACAGUGCACCACGUCUCUCAGGUUCACGGCGGCGGGGCCGUCGUGGCCCACUCCGGUCUCGGAGGCGUUGGAGGAGGCGUCGGUGUCGGAGGUGUUGGUGUCGGUGGGGGUCUCGGAGGAUUCGGAGGUGGAUACGGAGGUCUAGGUGGCGGAUACGGUGGUUAUGGUGGCUACGGUGGUUAUGGUGGUUACGGAGGCUACGGAGGCUAUGGAGGCUAUGGUGGCUACGGCGGCACCGGCGGAGGCGUAGGCAAGGUUGUCGUCGUCAAGCAUCACAAAUGAGCGUCCGCAUCAAACGCCUUCAAGAUUCUAUGCGAAUAACCUUCCAGUGAGAGCCUGUACAGAAUCAGCCUCUGGUGGAAAGCCUCAGCAGCUUAUACGUGCCUUCUAAGUCGAAGAGAUGUCCUCAACAGUGCAAAUUGUGUUUGUGAAUCGUGUAAAUAAAUGUUAACGAGGAAGUUGUUCCUCGGCUACGCAAAUAA